AUGAACCCACUCAAUAAAAUCAUCUUUUUAUCGGCAUUUCUAGCCUCGGGGUUUUUGCUUAUCCUCUUGUCAUGUGCAUUAUUCAACAACUAUAAGCCCCUUUGGGUAAUAUUCAUUUUCUUGGUGGCCCCAUUACCCAACAUCCUUGCAAAUACCAUCGAGAGCACCCGAGACGAUUUCUUGACUUUCAGUAAUGAUCAUGGCAGCAACCCUUCACAGUUGCAGGAGUUGUGCAAGUACAUCACCGGAACUUUGAUUGUUAGUGGAGUGAGCUUGCCGAUUGUGUUUUACCACUGUCAUUUGAUUGAAGUGGGCUCGAUGUUAAUGAGUAUUAUUGGAGGGUUGAUUGUUUACGUGGACAUCAUCAUAUUCAUUUGGUUCUUCAGCGAAGAAGAAGAGGAGAAUGACGACUUCAACUUCUAA